GUAGACUUACUGUUGAUUUAUAUAUCAUAUGUUAUAUAAAAAUCAUUCAAUCAUUUAGUAAUCAAUAAUAACAUUAACAAUAAAAGUACCGAUCGGUGGCCACACAGACAAUCGGCUCAUUCACUAAAAUAAUCAAUUGACUGAUUAGUUAGUUAUUAGUAUAUAAUUUGAUAAACAAUGGUCAAGAAGACCACUACCGGCACCGUUGCCGCCGAUGACGGCGAUCAUCAUAUCAGACAAUACAUGAUAUCGCGGGCCAAGAGUUGUUUGGCCGCCGGCGAUGCCAGUUAUGGCAAGUGUUGGAUAAUGACAGCCAAUGCAUUGUUUCCGCACAACGACAACAUCAAGUUAGAGUCGUACGAGAUCUGCAAAUGCGAGGACAAUGUGGAGGAAGCGGUAAAAUAUUUGUGCGAUAUGUUUGACGGCAAUCAAUGCUCGGAUCAGCUAAUGAUUGAGAUGAACAAACUGGUCAUUUCGUGUCGAAAUGAAUGGCAAACCUAUCAUCUAAGCGAACAGCGGAUGCAAUCGGUGUUUGGCAUUCAAUGGUCAGCGGCGACGACAUCGUUGACCACAAAUGAACUGCAAUUUUAUGGCAAACUAUUUGCCUGUCUUUCCCGUGAAUAUCAGUACAAAAUGUUACGCCGAGUUGUCGACCGUAUCGACGAUAAAGUUGUUUCCAUUGAUUUAUUACUAUUUAUUUUGAAACGAUUUCCCGAUAGUGUUCCAGAAAUUGGUGUCAAAUUGAUUGACAUUAUCGACGAAAACGAUGAAUUAAGCGGCGAUUCUGUUGAUCAACAAUUGAAUGAAUAUUUUCAAAGAAAACUUGUUUUCGAUGUUUUGCCGAUAAUUUUUGUCCAAAACAACGAUUCAAGUCUAGCGUUAGACUCGCAAAAAGUCCAGAAAUUGAUUCAAAAAGGUUUUAAAUUUUUUGUUCGUAAACUAAUUGUCCGGCAAUCGGAUGGCUAUAGUCAACGAUUGGACAAAUUGGACAGCAAUCAGGACAGCGAUGGCGGCAAUAAAGAGAAUAGCGAUGUAUUGGAGGCGAAAAUCGUUGAAAUCAUGCAUUUGAUUGGACUGAAAAACGAUUGGAAACUGUUUGAAAAUAUUGAUUUUCUUCACGAAAAACAAUUGGAUCUAAUCUACGAUAAGAUAUCGCGAUUUAUCGAUGAAUUUCGUUUCAGAGGAGAUACCGAUACACCAAUGGAUUUGAGUUCGGCGUCGACAGCGAUGAUCAGCGGCGACGAACAGACCGAACAACAGAUACUUUAUGCAACACUAUUGCUAUUUCUUGAAUGUCUUUACAAAUAUCUGAAGAUUAGCUCAAAUGUUGUACUAAUAGAAGAAUUAGGCCAUUCGUUAGCCAUGGAAACAAAGAUGGCGUUAUCGAUGAACAAGAAAAGAAAACUAACGGCUGAACCGUUGCUAAUGACUGGAAACAUACAGAUGAAGAAUAUUUUUGUGGUCGCCUCUAAAGCUCUUAAAUUAUUACAAGAAAAUCUAACCAUUAGUUCCGAAUAUCUGAAAUUAUCGGAACUAAUUGGUCUGAAAUCAUGCGAAUCGUAUCAAUCGUUUGUUAUCGACUCGAAUAUCUAUAGAGGAGAGUAUAGCGAAGUUUUUUCAUUGAUAGCCAAUAGAAAAUCAAAUACAAUUAAAAACAGUUUACAAUUGAUUUCGGUAUCGCUUAUGAUUCACGACUACAACUCAACUCUCAAGUAUUGUCUCGAAGCCAUUGAAUGUUUACCAUUGAAGAGUCCGUCAUCAACAGUGUGUGAUUCGGUGAUUACAGUGAAAGAGGACGUCAAUUGUUUGUCGAAAACAUCGCAACUAAUGGACAGCAGUUCCCGACAAUUAGUAUUCAUACAGCUAUCGAUCGAUGAGAUUAUGAAUUAUUUGAUUGAAGUUAUCAUUCAAUGUCUGAAAGACCGUAUACUGUUGUCACUGAAGCCAAGCGACAUAGGUUUGGGUCAUUUGAUUGUGUUGUGUCAGUACAAGUGGCCAAACAAUUUGCAACUGUUUUUGGCCUGUAUUUCAUGCGUACGAAAUGCGGCCACCAAUGGAGGUAACAAUGGUUCCCAAUCGUCAUCAUCAGCAUCGCAGCCGAAGUUUAUAUAUCCGUAUUUUUUUAACUAUAUAUUUAUUCCCGAUAUUAUCGAAGAGUUUAUGAAUUUAGUCGAAAAGAAAGUGAUUCUUCUUGAACUGAAACCGUCGCCAUCGGCCGCAUUGGGCGCACAGUUGAAGACAUCGAGUAAAGUGAUGACCACUAGAGGCGUUAACAAAGGUUUUAUCGAAGAAAACAGAUCAUCGCUGAUCCAACAGAUGAAAGUCAGCAAAACAAUGAUUAGCAAUGAAUUGUUUAUUGAUUUUAUUAACAAAGAAAUUUUAUGA